GUAAUUUCGUUAUAAAUACAGAAUAUUCAUAAACAGUUGACAAUUAAAACUGAGAAUGAUUAUUGGCUACAGCUUUGCAACAAUGCUUGUUCUAGUCCUUCUCCAAAUCGUGGCAUUAGCUGGCAGUGUAGACAUAAUGGAGGACGCUGAAGAAAGUAUGCGUAGCUGCGGAGAAGACGCGCAUCUACGGUGUACAGCUUUCAGUGCAAGUGGAGUCCAGUACAGAGCAGUUAGGUGGUACAAGAUCAACAAGGAUCCCUAUCAAUUGAGUGGCCUCCUCACAAGAAAUCUUACUCCACCUAACAAAACAAGGAUGUAUGCAGGUCUGGAGCGAGAGGUGGAACUUCUAAAUAAUUCAGUGGAUAUUAUCCUUCCUAAUGUGACAGGCAAGGACAGUGGGAGCUACCUUUGCUUACUAGCUGCACCAGUUGGAAAUCAGAACCAGGAAGGGCAGAUUCGUCUCAAAGUUUCAGGAUGCCCUGACAUUAAGUCAGACCACUUAAAAGAGACUGACUUCUACCUCGUUUAUGCUAUUUUAUUGCUUGUGGCAGCACUUCUGAUAUACAUCAUCAGCUAUGCCUGCCUGAAACAGACAUUAAUGCAGAGAAACAAGAGGAACCCCCAAGAAGUACUUCUGGAUAAGCCCCUGGAGAAGAAGGAUUUAAUGUUGAUCUAUACUUUGGGUCCUAAUUGGUCAAGACAGGGUUCCAUGAAACAUGUGUGCGUGUGAGACCUUGCCCUGCGUGAUGGAGAAGUCUAAGGACAGACAUGGCAGAGGCAUGAUCAGGCUGAACUAACAGCCACUGUCACUGUAACUAUGACUCCUCAGUACAUCGCCCAUCUGUGAGUGACUCAAGCACACACAACUGAACACCUCUGAAAUGCCAGAAACCAAAAUGACACGGAUGGGUGAUGAACUGACUCAAGUUGAGUCAGAGGACCAGAGAUGGAACCCCGGAAAAGGCACGUGAAGGAAGAAGGGAUGAUUCAACACUAAGGCAACUGCCCGAGCCCCCAGCUCCAGCUCUUCGAAGGCCUGAUGAAUCUUCAUCAGUGGACGCUCAUCAGAGGAGGAAGAGGAGGAUCAUGCUCCUCAGUGAAAUUUCUUAAAACUAAAAAUGGUUAAAAAAAAAUUACAUGUUACAUGUUUUAGAUCAAACUAUACUAAAUGUAUUAAUAUGUCACCGAUACAUUUAUAAAAUACACAAUAUUGAACUGAAGGUCUUCGGUAACUUUGGUAACUCAUGUUACCCCGCUCCUCAUCUCCCUCCAUUGGCUUCCCAUCACGGCCCGUAUCAGAUUCAAGACACUGGUACUGACCUUCCGAGCGGUGAACGGGACUGCACCCGACUACAUCAAGUCUCUCCUCCAGCCUUCUCCAGCCUACGGUCUUCUUCUGACAACCGUCUGGUGGUCCCACCGCUCAAGAGCGCCCGGUCCCAACACAAGCUCUUCUUCUGUCUGCCCCCCCAAUGGUGGAAUCUACUCCCCACCUCCAUCAGGGACACUAACUGUCUCCCCACCUUCAAGAAAAGGCUCAAGACGCACUUGUUCCGGGAGUACAACGGCACUUAGGAAUGCUUGGCUGGACCUGAUGUUAGUUUCCUCCAGGAUCACAAUGACUCGUAUUGAGAGACUUGUUGCUCUUGUUGGUUAGUUGUAACGGUUUCAAAUUCUUGUACUCGCUGUGAAAUAUUUUACUGUUGAUUGUUUUUUCUACAGGUACACUCUUGCACUCUUGUGGGGAGUUUCAUGUUGUUCAAUUGUAACUUGUUUAACUGCAUGCUCUUAUGGUUCUUCCCUUUGGCACUUAUUUGGUUUUCCACAAUGUCGGACUUUGUAAAUGAUUCUUUGGUUGAUUGGAGGGAGUGGAGGACUCAGGACUGGGGUGAUGUGUUCCGAUUUCCGUGUCCGGGUGAGAACUGUUCUGCUUAAGGUAAAUAAUACUACUUCCGAAGGACGUCCUCCCACCAAUCAAAGCUUCUGCAGUAUGAACUGACAUACUGAGCAUUAUUGAUGGUGAAAGACUUCAGCGAAAAUUGGUGAGGUUUGUUGUUUACUAGAGAUAUUAUAGAUAGAGUAUUGUGGGACAUGAAGACAUGAAGGGUCACUCUGCACUCUGAAUACUCUAUAUAAAAUGUAUGAUCGCAUAUCGA